UUCAGCGCGGAGCGUGUUUCGUGGUGCGCCGUCGUGGUCACGGCAGCGUUUGGUGAAAACUUUUUUUUUUCUCUGGUUUCGCGACUCGAACCUCGUCGGGACAAGACGGAGUGCUGCUACAAGGAAGGAUUUCGCUCGGACCGCAGACGGCGACAUGGUGAAACGAACAGACCAGAUGAAGCUGGACGUGCCCACGUUCAUCAAUCCGGCGUUUCAAGAGGAUGAGAAGAAAGCCAUCGAAGCCAACGGACACACAAAUGGCGCCGUCGCAAAUGGCGCAGUUCACCCCCACGCGCCCAUGGAGCUCAGGCCGGUUGCCGACCAGGUCGACUCUUCGGCGCCCAUCGAGAGGGGCCAAUGGGGCAGCAAGGCCGAGUUCAUCCUGUCCUGCAUCGGGCUGUCCGUGGGAAUCGGCAACAUCUGGAGGUUUCCCUUCCUGGCCUACCAGAACGGAGGAGGCGCUUUCCUUCUGCCGUACGUCAUUCUCAUGCUGCUUGUGGGCAAGCCCAUGUACUUCAUGGAGGUCGCCGUGGGUCAGUUCACAAGCCUCGGCCCGAUGUCCAUCUGGAGGUGUGUGCCUAUCGCCAAGGGCGUCGGAGCAGCCAUGGUGGUCGUGUCGCUAAUCGUGGCCGUGUACUACAACGUCAUCCUGGCCUACACCGUGUUCUACAUGGCGCAGAGCUUCCGCUCCGUGCUUCCCUGGCAGGACUGCUUCGAGUGGUGGGGCGCCGACCCGGAGACCUGCUACGUGCGCACCAACAACGUGGAGCGCUGUGUGUCGGUGGAAGGCAACCUGGUACGAGAGUACAUGAACAUCACGAACGUCACGAACGGCGUUCAGAUUGUGGCCAACAACCUGACAGCCGUUGUUCCGACCGACGUCUUCACCUCGAGAUAUGACAACUGCACCAACGCGACGCAGACAGCCAGUCAGCAGUUCUGGGAACGUUACGUGCUGAACAUCACAAGCGGCAUCGACGACCUUGGCGUCAUUCGCUGGGACCUGAGCCUCUGCCUGUUGGCCAGCUGGGUCGUCGUCUUCCUCUGUCUCAUGAAGGGAGUCAAGUCUACCGGAAAGGUCGUAUACUUCACGGCGACGUUUCCCUACCUCGUGCUGAUCAUUCUGCUCGUCAAGGGAGUCACCCUCCCGGGAGCUGUGGAAGGAAUCAAGUACUUCAUCAUUCCCGAGUGGCACAGGCUCCUGGAGAUCGACAUCUGGCGCGCGGCAGCAGAGCAGCUCUUCUAUUCACUCGGCAUCUCUUGGGGAGGCAUCAUCAUGUUCGGCUCGUAUAACAAGUUCAGCAACGCGGUGCACAGAGAUGCUCUAUUCGUGAGCUCGAUGGACUUCAUCACCAGCAUCAUCGGCGGCAUUGUCAUCUUCUCUGUGCUCGGAAAUAUGUCUACCGAGCUCGGCAUCGACAUCAAGGACGUCGCGAAGGCCGGCCAAGGUCUGGCGUUCGUGGCCUACCCGGAGGCCUUGUCCCGACUCGUCGUUCCCCAGCUGUGGUCCUUCCUCUUCUUCUUCAUGCUGUUCCUGCUUGGAUUAGACAGUGAGUUUGCACUGCUGGAGACCUUCCUGACCGCAUUCUACGACGAGUUCCCCAGGUCCAGGCGGUACAAGAUUCCUCUCACCUUCGGAAUCUGCCUACUCUGCUUUCUCCUCGGUCUGCCGUGCGUCACACAGGGCGGUCAAUACGUCCUGAAUCUUAUGGACACCUACGCCGGAGGCGGCGCCGUUCUGUUCAUCGCCAUCUGUGAAAUCAUCGGGCUCAUGUGGUUCUACGGUAUGAACCGCUUCUGUGCCGACCUGAAGCUCAUGCUGGGACACGACAUUGGCUGGUACUGGAAGGCCAGCUGGCUCGUCAUCUCGCCUUGCAUCCUAGGGUUCCUAUUCAUCUACGGUCUAGCCCAGCACAAGCCCAUCACCUACGACGAUGUCGUGACAUACCCGUCGUGGGCCGACGGCGUCGGUUGGUUUCUGGCCCUGCUGUCCAUGGCGCAGAUCCCCAUCUGGGGCGUCAUCGUGUUGCUCAAGAACUGGAAGAAUCCCAGAAAGGCCUUCCAGCCAGACCGCAAGUGGGGCCCGGGAGACCCCAUCGAGAUGCAGCUCUACCGCGGCCAGGGCGGCGGCGUUACGAACCUCGGCUUCCAGAGCCGUGACGCCUACCACUACUGACGCUGAACCAAAGAACUCCUUCCGUGUCCAGUGGCGCCAACUCCGGCACCGCUGGCUCUGGCAUGCAAAUAGGCUCAAGCAAGCGACGUUGUUUCGAAAGCUGUGCCCCCCCCCCCCCUCUCAGGGCAUGGGUUUGUCACAGAGCAACGAUCAUCAUCACCCUUGCGCCAUAUUUCUUUCCUUAUUGUACAUUACUGCCAGGAACGCCCAUCGGCGUAUUAUACGCGUUCAGCAGCCUUCCUGGCCAAAGCAUACGCGAAUGCACGCGCACAAGAUAGAUCACAGUUGAUGGCGAUCGGAAGCGUGUAAACAAGAAAUUGCGUUUGCUUUGCUUACCGCAGCGCGUUUAGCACUUUACUGUCAUGAACCUGCAUGGACCUGCUGGCGUCCAGCAGCGUUCCUGGCAGGAAAGUAGCGAGCGCAUGGUGUUCAAGUAUAAGCAAAUGCACUGGCAAUAUUGAUGACGGCCAAUGGCUAUACCAAGAUGUACACGAGAAAUGCACAUUGUUGAUGACGGCUGCUGCUGUGCGACAAAGUUACACCCCAAGGGGUGUAAAUUUUAGAAGAGUGCGAGUGUGUUCGCAAGAUGUGUAACCGCCACAAACUGUCACAUUGUUGCCCGCACCGGUUUUUGCGCCGAUUUUAUCGACAGAAUUUCGCCGUGCGCGCCGAGACGCCUGACUGUGUGAUUUUAUAACAGAACUCUGUCAGUGUGGCCGUUGAGGGCUUUUUUGUACAUAGUUUACAGAGUGGAAGUGGACGUGUUUGCUAAGGUUUUGCUAUAGGGUACCUCCGUGAGGUGACCUACGGGUAAGCAGGCUAGAAAGAAGAAAAGGAAAGGGGAUGUCACGUGGUAAUUCCGUCCUUUUUUUUUCGUGUACCUGACUCUCCGAGGUGACUGCACACCGCUUCUCGCGUUGCUUUCGGCAGCCGAAUAGCAUAUGUGCGUCUUUGUUGUCGUCAUGGCUUCACAGCGCGACAGGAGACGCUGAGUAAAGACAAAAACCUGAAAGGGCAGGGCGCAAAUGAUUUCGCAGCACUGAAUGCGCGCGCACACAAUUUUUAAAUAGAGCUAUUG